AUGCACCGAACGUUGGGAACUCUUUUGGUGAUUGCCACCGUUCUCGGGGUGGCUUUCGGAUCGUUGAACAAUGAUAACGAUAACGAUAAACGGCAUCAUCCGAGGUUGCCGGAUGAAGGCAACUCAAAGCUCCCGAACGGCAGGAUCACUGAGCAGGAACAAACGAUCGAAUACUGGCGCAAUCAGGCGAAGGCAACCGUACAAAAGCUGUUGGAAAAGGCGGAAAACCGAAACGUGGCCAAAAACAUGAUCAUGUUCCUGGGUGACGGCAUGUCCAUCUCCACCGUCGCGAUGGCGCGCAUUUACGCCGGUGGUGAAGAGAAACCGCUGUUCUUCGAGGAGUUUCCCUUCACCGGGAUGUCGAAGACGUACUGCGUGAACUAUCAGGUGGCCGAUUCUGCUUGCACGGCGACGGCCUAUUUGACAGGUGUGAAGGGUAAUUACGAAACGAUUGGGGUGAAUGCUCACGUGCGAGUGCGUGAUUGUGAGGCUGCUCGAAAUCGCAAUACUCACACGACCUCCAUUGGGCAGUGGGCUAUCGAUGCGGGUAAGGAUGCCGGUAUUGUGACUACGACGCGUGUCACGCACGCGUCUCCCUCGGGUAUGUACGCUCACACGUCGUUCCGUGACUGGGAGAAUGAUUAUUGGGUGGGUCAGGAUGGUUGUGAUCCCGAGCAUGUCGAUGAUAUUGCGGAACAGCUGGUGUAUGGUGAGACGGCACCCCGGCUUCGGGUAAUCCUGGGAGGUGGCCGGAGAGAGUUUAUGGACCGAUCGCACAUGGACUAUGAGUACACUGACAAAGGAGGAUAUCGAUCGGAUGGUCGACAUCUGAUCAAUGAAUGGCUCAAAAAUGGUCCAGUGGGAGAGAAUCGCACUUUUGUGUGGAAACGAUCCGAUCUGCUAGCGGUUGAUCCUCAUCGGACUGAUCGGUUACUGGGAAUGUUCGAGCAAACCCAUUGCGUGUACAAUCUAGAUAGGGUUCACAAAAAUAUGGUGGAAGAACCAACGCUCGCCGAGAUGGUCGACAAAGCUACGGAUGUGCUGAGUACGAAUCCGAACGGGUUCUUCCUGUUCGUUGAAGGAGGUCGUAUCGAUCAUGGUCACCAUGACAACCAGGCAAGGUAUGCCAUCGACGAAACGGUAGAGUUCGACAAAGCGAUCGAGCUAGCUCGCAAGAAGUUCAGCGAAGAGGACACACUGAUCGUAGUCACGUCAGAUCACUCGCACAGUGUGAGUUUCGCGGGAUAUCCGAACCGUGGGCAAGACAUAUUCGGAACAGCUGGCACUGGCAAAGAUGGACUACCGUACAUGACGAUCAGCUACGCGAAUGGACUCGGGUUCUACAAGCACGUGGAUCCGGAGAAAGGAUCUCGUUCGGAUGUUCGCGAAAUGGAGGAUAGUGGCGCUGAUGAUUUUGUCUUCCCCGCCAUGGUUCCGGUUGAUCUAGAAACGCACGGUGGUGAGGAUGUCGCUGUGUACGCGUCCGGUCCCUGGUCCCACUUGUUCACCGGUUCGUACGAACAGAACGUCAUCCCACACAUGAUGGCGUACGCUGCCUGCAUUGGCAAUGGCCGUAAGGCGUGUGAUGCGAAAUAACGUCAGUAAACUCUUCCCGUAGUUGAUAGAUGUACUUUUAAAUAGAAACCUACGCCUAGUCUCAUGGGGGUGGUUUCAUGUAUAUUGCCUUGAAAUAAACGUUAACAAUAAUUUUCUG